UUUUUUUGUCGUUAUAAAUGGGAUGCACUCCAUCUUAUUGAGGAGCCGGGACUGUUCACUCCAGAUCAUACUCGUGCCGGAGAAGAACUAUUGAAGAGAGCGGCGGCGCUCGUCGGCGGAGGAGCGGCUGCCGUCCGUCGAUGGUUCCCGAGAGAGAAAGGGCGAGGGGAGGAAAACGCGUUUCCCUCCGUCGGGGAAGCGUUUCCGGAUCGGUGGAGCGGGUCCGACUGAUUUGCCCGUCCUACCAGACCCAGCUCCUCUUAGCAAAUCAAACGCAGGGAUUGGCGCUCUGUCCACGUCCGAGACAAACGGGGCGGUGGGUUCGAACAGUUCUGUUUCAAGUAAUUUGUCACAAGCGACGGGGGGUGUUAUUGUCAUUGUGGUAUGGGUUCCUUCUCUGGGACGACAGAUUCUAGUGACUAUGAAAGCCCCUUUUCCCUCGCAAUCUCGUUCCCGUUCGACUCGGUCCCUCCCCUCUCCUGUUCCCUUGGGUAGCAAUUAACAAAGUGGGAAGUAGGGAUUUCGAGCUGCUAGUGGGAGGUCGAAUCAGAAUGUGGCGAAAAGAAGAAUAGGCAGCUGAAGGUGGAGGAGGACGAAUUUGGUUGGGGAAACUUGGUUUCUGUUAUGCGAAUUCUAUGGAGGGAGGGACAGACAGUGGGAGUGGAUUUUUUGUCAGGCAGGACGAAAGCGUGUCCCUUGCAUGGUCGUGGAUCCUCGAAACCCUGGCUGAUAGCAAGCAGGUUGAUGUUUCCUUGCUUAAAGCUUUGGUUUCUAGGAUUCGGGGAUUCGGUGGCAAAUUGUUUGACAAUGCCAGGGAAAGGAUUUCUUUGAGAUGCUUGGAGGAAAUAUUGGAUUCAAGAUCGUCAAAUUUGGGUUGUGACCAUUCUGUGAGUCCGAUUUCAUAUUUGGACAGAAUUGGUCCCUCUGAACGAUGUGAAGAUGCUUUUCUUCGAUUAUCCAAAGCGGUACAUUCUACGGCUAAUAGCCAAAAGCAGUUGGAGCUGCUCAGACAUGAUGUACAGCAAAGAAGAACUUCCCUUGGUAAACCUCCUCUGGAGAAGAUUUUGGAAGGUGUUUCGGACAGAGAAAAUGAAAGCCAAGUGAGCAAUCGGGGAGAUCCCACAAGCACUGAUGGACCUAGACCCUCAAAAAGGUGUAAAAGGACAUGUGUUCAGCUCUUGAAGGAGCUUGCUGCUGGAUCAAUUCCUGAUGCCAGGCAUGAUGUUUCUUCAGAAACGGAGGAACUUGGGCCUUCUGAAAGGUGUCAAACCUUUGACGUCCAUGAUAUCCAGCUCCCAAAGGAGAAUAAUGAUGCACCAGUUUCUUGUGCAGAGCUUGAUGUACCACAAACUAGAGAGCAGUCCAAUCAACAGGGCAUAUGCCAUGGUGAUAAAGCCAGAACUAGGAAGGCCCAUUUUCUUGAAUCGGACACUACAGUGAUGCAUAAAGAGGACCAGUUGUCCCAUAGAGAGAAGCACAAAGCUCCUGCCCCUCAAAGCCAAAAAUCUGUUGACGAUGCCUCCACCAAUGAUGUAUUUGCUCAUGAGGUUUCUCAUGGUAAUGGCAUAAUACCAGAAACAUCAAGAAGCAGCGGUGGGUUUUCUGAUGCCGUCCCUGUUCUGAGCCAACGUGUUGGCCAAAAUGAAGGCUUGCAUGCUGGGACAAGCACGUUACCAAGUUUUGGAGGCCCCGUUGAUCAUGCCUCUCUUACUGUUGGGAGUGAACAAGGAUUUUGCAUCAAGUGCAAUGAAGGUGGAAACUUGCUUUCUUGUGAUAGUAUAGGAUGUCCAAUUUUGGUACAUGACUCAUGCUUGGGUUCAUCUGCAAGUUUUGACAACAGUGGCAAAUUCUACUGUCCAUACUGCUUAUACAGGCUUGCUGCAGCUGCAUACAGAGAAGCAAAGGAGAAAGUUUCACUAGCCCGAAAAGCAUUAUUAUCUUUCAUGAGGACAGAUCUGACAGAUAGGCAACUAGAAGAGGGACCUACGCACAGGGUUAAAGCACAUUCUGCCCAUUCUCAAGAGGCACUAGCAAAUCACGUUGGUUGCUCUGAUGAGAAUGGUGAAAUUAAGCAACAGCGAGCAGAUUGCCUGCUUCCUAAAGAUGUCCGCUGUAGUGAUGGAAGAUCAUUCUGUGAAGGGGCAGAAAAUGGUGACAAUGAUCAAUUUGCACUAAAUGGCAAAAAAGAAACUAAAUGUCCAGAACAGACAGACAGGUCUCUUGAUGAUGCAGACAAGACUGAAGAAAAUACUGUUGAAAGCCAAAAGAAAGACAGUGAAUCCCCCUCCAGUACACUCAGGGUAUCUCGUAGAAGACCAGCUAAGCGCUAUGCAAACAGCAUGUUUCCUUAUUUGAGGCGAAAGAAACUCCCAUGGACCAAAGAAGAGGAAGACGCUUUGAAGGAAGGAGUGAGGAAAUUUCCUGCAGUAGCAGGCAAUGGCUAUCCAUGGACUAGGAUCUUGGAAUAUGGUCGUCAUGUAUAUCAUAAAACACGAACACCUAUAGACCUGAAGGACAAAUGGAGGAACAUUCAGCGUCGGGAUCUCCCUAAGCAAAGGUGAUGGCUCACAACCUUCAGUUAAGUAUCGCCUGUAAAGGUAAUUUGUUGUAUGGUUUCUUCAAUUAUUGUAAGUUAAUGGAAACAUUUGAGAUCUCAUGGUCCCAAUGCCCUCCUGAUGCGCGAGUUCAGCUAUGAAAGGCUUUCUCUCUCUUUGAAGGGUCUCUUCUCUAUAGCACUUAAAGUUUUUGUGAGCACAAUAGAUAUGGGCAUAUGGCAGUGG